UAAGUAAAACAUCUCGUGAGCUCCUCGGCUCCUCAAUUCUCACAAUCAAAUUCAGUUUUUCUCAGUUCUCUCUCUCUCUCUCUCUCUCUUAACAAAGGAUCCUCGUGAUGAAGAGCUCUCAUAUUUCACGAGCUUCAUAUCAAGAACGCUUCCCUUGUUCAGUUUUGAAUUCUUCUCUCAACACCUUCAAAUACCCCUCCAAAUCAUGCAUCACCCCACAUCACCAACCAACAACAACAACAACAACAACAACCAAUGGAAUCCAAAUCCAAAAUUCAACUCUUUUUCCUCACCCUUUUCCUCUUCACUCUCACCCUCCAUGCAGAAACUCUUGGAACUUACAUAGUUCAGCUACACCCUCAUGGCAUAACCAGCACUUCCUUCUCCUCAAAGCUCAAAUGGCACCUUUCAUUCAUCCAACAAACCAUUUCCUCUGAUGAGGACCCUUCUUCGCGCCUUCUCUACUCGUACCGUUCUGCCAUGGACGGUUUUGCAGCUCAGUUAACUGAGACUGAGCUUGAGUACCUCAAAAACUUGCCAGAUGUUAUCUCAAUCAGGCCAGACAGCAAGCUCCAGAUUCAGACCACUUACUCUUACAAGUUCUUGGGGCUGAAUCCUGCUAGAGAAAAUGGUUGGUACCAAUCCGGUUUCGGCCGCGGAACCAUAAUUGGUGUGCUUGACACUGGAGUGUGGCCAGAGAGUCCUAGCUUCAAUGAUCAAGGAAUGCCCCCAAUUCCCCAAAAAUGGAAGGGUAUAUGCCAAGCUGGGAAGGCCUUUAACUCUACCAAUUGUAACCGAAAACUCAUCGGUGCAAGGUACUUCACAAAAGGCCAUUUUUCAGUGUCACCUUUCAGAGAUCCUGAGUAUCUCUCUCCGAGAGACUCCUCAGGACACGGCACGCACACCGCAUCCACCGCGGGAGGCGUGCCUGUUCCGCUGGCGAGCGUGUUCGGUUAUGCGUCCGGCGUGGCGAGAGGAAUGGCUCCUGGUGCCCACAUUGCGGUGUACAAAGUGUGUUGGUUCAAUGGCUGCUAUAACUCAGACAUCAUGGCUGCAAUGGAUGUGGCAAUCAGGGAUGGUGUGGACAUUCUGUCCUUGUCUCUUGGUGGCUACUCUUUGCCUCUAUAUGAUGAUAGCAUUGCCAUUGGAAGCUAUAGAGCAAUGGAGCAUGGGAUUUCAGUUAUAUGUGCAGCAGGAAACAAUGGCCCUACGGAAAUGUCUGUUGCCAAUGAAGCUCCUUGGAUUUCCACAAUUGGUGCAAGCACACUAGACAGGAAAUUCCCAGCAACAGUUCACAUAGGAAAUGGACAAAUGCUCUAUGGAGAAUCCAUGUAUCCACUGAAUCAUCAUCCAAUGAGCAACGGCAAAGAAAUUGAGCUGGUUUAUUUGUCUGAAGGGGACACCGAGAGCCAAUUUUGCCUCAGAGGGUCUCUUCCAAAGGACAAAGUUAGAGGCAAAAUGGUGGUCUGCGAUCGAGGCAUCAACGGAAGAGCAGAAAAGGGACAAGUGGUGAAGGAGGCGGGUGGUGUCGCUAUGAUCCUCACAAACACGGAGAUAAACUUGGGAGAGGAUUCAGUUGAUGUUCAUGUCUUGCCUGCAACUUUGGUAGGAUUUGAUGAAGCAGUCACCCUGAAGGCUUACAUAAACUCCACAAAAAGGCCUCUUGCAAGGAUCGAAUUCGGAGGAACUGUGAUAGGGAAGUCUAGAGCUCCAUCAGUGGCAAGAUUUUCUGCUAGAGGACCAAGCUAUACAAACCCUUCAAUCCUAAAACCUGAUGUUAUAGCUCCAGGAGUGAACAUCAUUGCAGCAUGGCCUCAGAACCUCGGUCCUACCGGCCUUCCGGAGGAUACUAGAAGAGUUAACUUCUCUGUGAUGUCCGGUACCUCAAUGGCAUGCCCUCAUGUCAGUGGAAUUGCUGCUCUCAUUCGCUCGGUUCACCCGAGAUGGAGCCCUGCAGCCAUCAAAUCUGCAAUCAUGACAACGGCCGAGGUGACUGACCACACCGGAAGGCCAAUACUCGAUGAAGACCAACCAGCGGGAGUUUUCGACAUGGGAGCCGGACAUGUGAAUCCACAAAGAGCAUUGAACCCUGGAUUGGUGUAUGACAUUAGGCCAGAUGACUACAUCACCCAUCUUUGCAGCCUUGGAUACACAAAGUCAGAAAUAUUCAGCAUCACACAUAGAAAUGUGAGUUGCAAUGCAAUCAUGAAGAUGAAUAGAGGCUUCAGCCUUAACUAUCCCUCAUUCUCAGUAAUUUUUAAGGGUGGGGUGAGGAGAAAGAUGUUCAGCAGGAGACUAACAAAUGUGGGAAGUGCUAACUCCAUCUACUCAAUGGAGGUUAAGGCACCUGAAGGAGUAAAAGUGAUAGUGAAACCAAAGAGGUUGGUAUUUAAGCAAGUGAAUCAAAGCUUGAGUUAUAGGGUGUGGUUUAUAUCAAGAAAAAGGGUUAAAAGAGGUGAUGAUUUGGUGAACUAUGCAGAAGGGAGUUUGACAUGGGUGCACUCACAAAAUGGUUCCUACAGGGUUAGAAGCCCGGUAGCAGUGACUUGGAAGUCAAAGUAGUGUGGAGAAGGGUAGUAGAUAAUUAAGUUUGUCUUGGGGCGUUUUUUUAUUAUGAUUAUUGGUUCAAUAGCUUUAUUUAUGAUUGCAGAAUUCAUACUGAACGAGUUUUAGUAGAGAAAACUCGAUUAGGAAUCUUAUGAGUAAGCCCAUUUAUAAAUGCUAAAUAAAUUGGUUGUGCCAUGGUUUAGUCAAAACUCUCUGCUUUACA